UUAUUUGACGGUCGGAUUGCUUUUGCUGGUCAUUUAACGGACGGAUUAAAAAUGGAAAUUGUCCAAUGGUUCUCUUCCAACAAACAAGUGUCCACAAAUCAGAAGUUACGAUUACUCAACCAAUCUUAUAGAGACAGUGGGGCCCACAUAUAGUCCGUUUAAUUUGAGUGAAUGUAUGCCACGUGUGCAAUUUCUAGUUGCUGCGUAUCAAGCGUCGUACUUAGCCGGAGUAUCAACAAACUCCCCCCUCAAUACACGGAAGUUCCUCGUCUUCCCUUCCAUUCUCUUCUCUGUAAAGAAAAUCACAGGAAGAGGAAAUCCGUCCAUCGCGACGGACAGAAAACAAGCCGACUACUUUCUGCAAUGUCCCAAAACAAUACCACCCCCCUCCACUCUACUUCCCAAUCUGAUGUUGAUGAGAUUGAGAACCUCAUACAUGCCAGUGUCCGAUUUGGGCCAAUGACGGUUUCGCCUGCCAGACCCCCAAGCCCGCCUCGGGCUUCCAUUCCCGUUUCAACGUCGCCCUUCAUGGCAUCAUCGAACAUUCCGUCUGCAUUUCAGAAGCCUACACCCAUACCUGUCCCGCCUCCUCAACCUGCUAAUCCUCGGCAGAAUAUUGCGGCCAGCGGGUUUGGCUCGCCUGCCGACACUCUAACUGAGCCUGUGUGGGAUACCGUGAAGAGAGACAUGUCCCGGAUCGUCAGCAAUUUGAAACUGGUGGUUUUCCCAAACCCAAAUCGUGAAGACCCUGGGAAAGCUUUGAGGGAUUGGGACCUUUGGGGGCCAUUUUUUUUCAUCGUCUUCCUCGGUCUUAUCCUGUCGUGGUCGGCAUCGGUGAAAAAGUCGGAGGUUUUCGCUGUGGCAUUUGCUGUCCUUGCUGCUGGUGCUGUAGUUCUCACAUUGAAUGUGGUGCUCUUGGGUGGGCAGAUAAUCUUCUUCCAGAGUCUCAGCCUUCUGGGUUACUGCCUAUUCCCUCUCGACAUGGGAGCACUGCUCUGCAUGCUUAAAGACAAUGUCAUUCUCAAGAUAAUCGUGGUGGCGGUAACAUUUGCAUGGAGCUCAUGGGCUGCAUACCCGUUCAUGAGCGCUGCUGUCGCACCAAGAAGAAAAGCUCUCUCGCUCUACCCAGUCUUCCUCAUGUAUAUCUCUGUCGCCCUUCUGAUCAUCGCCAUUGAUUAAUGCAUUGAUGAUCUUUCCCAGAAAGCAGUCAAACCUUAAAGGUCGAAUACGGAAAUGGGCAUUUUUCUCAUUCUCCACCUCUUCUCCAAAGGUAAUUUAUUUAUUUAUUUAUUAUUCCUUUUAACAAUUUUGAUUUUUUUUUUUAAUUUAAAAAAUCUUAUUUUUGUUUGAGAUUCUA